AGAGAGGGAGGGCCGGCAAGAGGGCGGGUUGUGGACUGGCGGAGCGGGGACCCACUCGAGCGACCCGCGGAGAGCGGCCGUCCCGACGCCCGUGGAGCCACAGACCAGCAGGAAGAAGAUGAGCCUUAAGUCUGAACGCCGAGGAAUUCAUGUGGAUCAGUCAGAGCUCCUUUGCAAGAAAGGAUGUGGUUACUAUGGCAACCCUGCUUGGCAGGGUUUCUGCUCCAAGUGCUGGAGGGAAGAGUACCACAAAGCAAGGCAGAAGCAGAUUCAGGAGGAUUGGGAACUGGCAGAGCGACUUCAGCGGGAGGAGGAAGAGGCCUUUGCCAGCAGUCAGAGCGGCCCAGGGGCCCAGUCCCUCACAUUUUCCAAGUUUGAAGAAAAGAAAACCAAUGAGAAGACCCGCAAGGUUACCACAGUAAAGAAAUUCUUCAGUGCUUCAUCCAGGGUUGGAUCAAAAAAGGCAGAAAUUCAGGAAGCAAAAGCUCCCAGUCCUUCCAUAAACCGGCAAGCCAGCAUUGAAACGGAUAGAGUGUCUAAAGAGUUCAUAGAAUUUCUCAAGACCUUCCACAAGACAGGCCAAGAAAUCUAUAAGCAGACCAAGAUGUUUUUGGAAACAAUGCAUUACAAAAGGGAUUUAAGCAUUGAGGAACAGUCAGAGUGUACUCAGGAUUUUUACCAGAAUGUGGCUGAAAGAAUGCAGACUCGUGGAAAAGUGCCUUCAGAAAGAGUUGAGAAGAUAAUGGAUCAGAUCGAAAAGUACAUCAUGACUCGUCUCUAUAAAUAUGUGUUCUGUCCAGAAACUACAGAUGAUGAGAAGAAAGAUCUCGCUAUUCAAAAAAGGAUCAGAGCCUUGCACUGGGUUACACCUCAGAUGCUUUGUGUCCCUGUUAAUGAAGAAAUUUCAGAAGUAUCUGAUAUGGUGGUGAAAGCAAUCACAGAUAUCAUUGAAAUGGAUUCAAAGCGUGUGCCUCGAGACAAGUUGGCCUGCAUCACCAAGUGCAGCAAGCACAUCUUCAAUGCCAUUAAGAUCACCAAGAAUGAGCCAGCCUCAGCUGAUGACUUUUUACCAACUCUCAUCUACAUUGUCUUGAAGGGCAACCCCCCACGCCUUCAGUCCAACAUCCAGUAUAUCACCCGCUUCUGCAACCCAAGCCGAUUGAUGGCUGGGGAGGAUGGCUACUAUUUCACCAAUCUGUGCUGUGCUGUGGCUUUCAUUGAGAAAUUAGAUGCUCAGUCUUUGAAUUUAAGUCAGGAAGAUUUUGAUCGAUACAUGUCCGGCCAGACUUCUCCCAGGAAACAGGAAUCUGAGAAUUGGUCUCCUGAUGCUUGCUUAGGGGUUAAGCAAAUGUAUAAGAACUUGGAUCUUCUGUCUCAGUUGAAUGAACGGCAAGAAAGGAUCAUGAGUGAAGCCAAGAAACUUGAGAAAGACCUAAUAGAGUGGACGGAUGGAAUUGCAAAAGAGGUUCAAGACAUUGUUGAGAAAUACCCGCUUGAAAUUAAACCCCCAAAUCAAUCUUUAGCAGCUAUUGACUCUGAAAAUGUUGAAAAUGAUAAGCUUCCUCCACCUUUGCAACCUCAAGUUUAUGCAGGAUGAUAAAAAUUUACAUGGGUAGUAUUUAUUUGAGCCUAAAUUGUAGCUAGCCCUUACUACAGUCCAUGAUUGGGACCUAGACUAUAACUUAAUUGCUUAUAAAUGUCAGAGCAUUUUUCAAGGUACAGUUUGUGGGGAUUGUUUUGUUUGUUUUGUUUUUCCUGGCAGGGGAAGCUUAGUAAAUAAUAAAAUACUAUUUAUUUGAGUUACUGAAAUAGAUUCAUUUAAGGUUUAUGUGAAAGUUUUGUCUAAAUCUAUUUUUUCUCCAUGAUUUUCCUGUGUGCUUCCUCUUUGGCAUUCACUGUGGUUUGGUUUUGGGUAUAUACUUGCCUUUAAAGGAUAAAACAGAUGAAUGCUACAAAAUGUAUGUUUAAGGGGAUUCAGUGGUACCACUCUUCUACAGUUUGAAAUAUUUUAUAAUUGUAAAGAUAGAAGAUAUAUUGAUAAGUAAAUAUGUAAAAUUGUAAAUAUGUAAAAACAAAAAAGGAAUGGUGUCUGCGUUGCAUGGCAUUUCAUGUGUUAAUUUGUUUAGUUUAAAAUGAAGUAUAUUGAAUGUU